GCGACUGUUUGAGCGAUGAGACGACGCAAAUAAAACCCAUCAACGAAAUCUAACGUAAUAUUACACACAAUUUUAUCAAUUGACAGCCCUCAGGAUGAUGGAAUCAGGGCUAAAGGAUGAAACGGCAAGACCUGAGAUGAUAGUUGUGGAAGAUCUCAGGAGAAAUCUGUCCUCGGAGUUCGGCGAGUGUUCAGAUUUGCAGGACCCGGCUGACCUGGAGAAGGAACACUUGAAGGUUUAUCUUAGAAUAAGGCCAUUUUCAGCAGCUGAAAUUGAGAAUGGAGAAUCACAGGACUGUGUGGCCAUACAGCUUCCAGAGACUGUGCUUCUGAAAGCCCCACGAUCGUCGCUCUCUGCCAGACUGAGUGAUAAAUCGCUGCCAGUUACAGCUCAACGUUUUCAGUUCUCUCAGGUUUAUGGUCCAGAGACUAGACAGAAGGAAAUGUUUGACGGCACAGUGAGGAGUCUUGUCAAAGAUGUUCUGGAGGGACGGAAUUCUUUGGUGUUUACGUACGGUGUCACCAAUGCAGGGAAAACUUUUACUUAUUUAGGUCCAGAUAGUAACCCAGGCAUCCUGCCCUGUUCCCUCAACAUGAUCUUUGGCAGUUUAGAGAGUCGCAUCUUUAACCAGAUGUGCCUGAAACCCCAAAGGUGCCGAGAUUUCAUCAGACUCACCAAAGAGCAGCAAAAUGAGGAAGCAGCUAGCAAACGCAACCUACUUAAGCUCUUCAAAGAGACUGAUGCUCACAAGAAUACAUCUUGCCAAAGCUCAAAGUCUGAUCUUGAAGAUGGUUCAUCUUUGUGUGAUAUAAGCAGUACAGCGAAUGAGAAUAGUUUUGCUCUGGCUCUGGAUAUGGACAUUCACACCAAGUUUUCUGUCUGGGUCUCGUUCUGCGAGAUCUACAACGAGAACAUUCACGAUUUAUUGGAACAGAAUGCGAGCACCACUUCACGGAGAACAAACCUCCGCCUUUGUCAGGAUGUCAAAGGCAACGCAUUCAUCAAAGAUCUGAAGUGGGUGCAGGUGAACAGUGCUGACGAAGCAUUCAAAGUGAUGAAACUAGGCAAGAGGAAUCAGAGCAUCUCCAGCACUAAACUCAACCUGCUCUCCAGCAGGAGUCACAGCAUUUUCUCAGUCCGGAUAUUAAAAGUCGAGGAUGUGGGAAUACCCAGAGUGGAGUCAGUCAGCGAGCUGGCGCUGUGUGAUCUGGCUGGAUCUGAGCGUUGUGCUAAGACCCAAAAUAAAGGGGAUCGUCUGAAAGAAGCUGGAAACAUCAACACUUCUCUGCUGAGCCUGGGAAAAUGCAUCAAUGCACUUAGAAAUAACCAGCAGGCCAGACAGCACGUUCCGUUCAGAGAGAGUAAACUCACUCACUAUCUGCAGGGUUAUUUCACUGGCCGGGGUAAAGCCUGCAUGAUCGUAAAUAUUAACCAGUGCGCAUCCAUGUAUGAUGAGACGCUCAACGUACUCAAGUUCUCUGCCGUGGCUCAGAAGGUGGUGGUCCUGACCACCAAAAUUGUUCCAGUGGUGGUGAAGAGGAGUGCCAGAGAAGUGUCUUUCAUCAUCAAUAAUGUUGAUCGCCGGGCACUGCGCCGCAGCUCGUUGGUUAGAUGGGACCCCAGCCUAGAAGAUGUCCAGGAAGAUUCUGACACUGAGGAGGAGGAUGAAGAGCAAAGUGAAAUGGAGGACACCAUACAGGAUGCUGAGGACGAGGGAAAAGAGACUGUCCUGCUUGAUAAGCAGGUUUAUGAGGCCCAGCUGCAGUUGAUAGAGGAGAUUCAGCAGCAGUUGAGGAAGGAGAGAGCCGAACUCUUUGCUCUCGAGGCGCGAGUUCGAGAAGAAGUCACAAAAGAAUUCUCCGAGCUCAUUUCGCAUAUGCAGGAGGAUUACAGUGAGCGCAUAUCCAGGGAGAGGGAGUUAAUUGAGGAACGGUGUGAACGAAGAUUGGAGAUUCUCAAAAACCUGGUGGGAAAAACAGCUGGGGAAGAAGACUGUGUGGAGUCAGCGGGAAUCAAAUCAGAAGAGGAGAACCAUGUAUAUCUGGACGGCAUGCUUGACUCUAUUAGUAAUGAUCUGGUUGAAAUCAGACAGUCUGCUCAGGCUGCCCAGUCCUGCCUGGUGACCUCUGACCCCAGAGUGUCUGUGCCAUUACAUGACCUUGAGAAAAAGGUCAUGGAACUCUCGGAACAGCUCAGUGAAGCUCAGAGUCAGCUGUCACUCAAAACACAGGAGCUGGAAACCCAGAGUCGACUGUCAGAUGAAUUGGAAGACAUGAAGAAGACUACGGAGAGCCACGGGCAAAGGCAAUGGGAGCUGACUGAAAUGUGCAGCCAGAAGGAUGAGAUGAUCUCCAGACUCCAAACAGCCUUGGACCACCAUGUAGAAACUACCGCUCAGGACAGAUCUCAAAUCGACUCCAUUAAAAAGGAGAUCAUCCAUCUCAAGAGUAUUUGCUCAUGUUCAGAACAUCGGCCCAGCUCCCGGACUGACACCAGGAAGCGUCGUCAGGAAGGGGAGGGGAUUGAUGGACAGCCCCCUCUCAAGAAAGGUCCCUUGGAGGACUUGACGGUCCAAGAAGACAUUGCAGAUAAUGGGUGUCAAGACUCCGCCCUGCUGGAGGUCAAAGGUCAGCUUGAGGGUUGUCAUAUUGAAUCCAAACACAAAGACAAGCGGAUCACAGAUCUGGAGCAGGAAUGCAACACUUUAAAAGUCUGCAUUCAGGAGUUAAAGUCUAAGCUGGAAGAACAAAGUUCUCAGGAGCGCUUUCUACAAGAGAACAAUUAUAAAAGGGAAAGAAAGCUUACAUCCGUGGAGACCAAACCUGUGAUGAGACACAGUGAUCAAAGCAAUUUGAAGGCAGAGGUUGUAUCCAUGGAGACCAACCAUAGCAGUACUACAGAACUUUUAGAAAGUGUUCAUCGAGAACUGGCUGCUGCUAAAUCCCAAAUGGCAAAGCUGGAUCAUGAAAUGGGAGAGAAGAACAAACUCAUUACAACACUUAAACAGGAAGUGACAUCGCUGAAACGGGAAGUAGAAACUAUGGCUAGGGACUUGCAGCUUUGUCGCGAGGAGUUGACAGCCGCGCGUCAGCAGUGCACAGAGAAACAACAGGAGAGCGAUGGAAAAGAUGAGAGGCUAAAGGAACUGGAAAACCAGAUUAAUGAGCUGCAGUCCACAUGUCGCUCAAAAAAAUCAUCAGCUGGUUAUGAUGACUCCGAAAAGGUCAACUCGGAUGUCACAGCGCUCCAUGGGGUCAUUGCUGAGCUAGAGGAGAAGCUCAGAUGCCUUCAAAAAGACAAGCAAAACGUGGAGAAAGAGAUGAUGCUUUCCCAAAAGGAUGCAGGGCCAACAAACCAGCUAAAAAACCCCAAAGAGUUUGGAUCUGAAAACAAGGAGCUUGAUGGUAAGACAAACAUCACACUGUCUGAAAAAGAAGCUGGACUGGUGGAGAAAGAGAAGGCUCUAGCAUUAAAGGAGGCUCAGCUUUCAGCACUGCAGAAAAGUUUGAAGGAAGCUCAGGAGCACCUGGAAGAGGAGGAGAUGCAAGCGGUCCAGGAGGCUCGCAGAAGGGAGGUGGAGAGGAGGAGAGAGCUGCUGGCCGUGGCAGAGGAGGCCAUUGCUCAGAAAGAUGCAGAACUGCAGAAGAGACAAGAAGAGAUCAACCGGUUAAAAGAAGAGAUUAAAACUAGCGAGCAAAAAGUGAACAAUCUGACAGUCGACCUGCGAAGGAAAGACGAUGAUUCAUCGGACCUUCGGGAGAAAGUCUGCGACUCAAAGAAGCAAAUACAACAGGUGCAGAAAGAGAUCUCCUCAAUGCGCGAUGCUGAGAAAUCUUUAAGACUAAAGCUCAGUGAUAUGGAAAAGAUUAAAUCGCAGCUACAGAAUGAGGUCUCGAGUCGUGACCGUGUCAUCCAGCAGCUGAGAACCGAACAAUCUUCCAAUUCCAAGUCAGAUGAAAAUCUGCUGCUCCAUCAGAAGGCAUGUAAAGAUUUGCAGGAGCGUGAGCGUGUUAUAGAAGACAUGCGGCUGGCUCUGACUGAACAGGAAGAAACACAGACACAACUUGAUCUGGAGUUAGAAAACAGAGAGGCUCAGAUAAUUGAGCUCACUGAGGAGCUGGCAUGGAUGAAAGAAGUGAUCCCUGACCAGAAGAACAGUAGAGAUUCCAGAUCCACCCCUAAUGACAUUCUACAGGCCAAGCGAGAGCUCGCGCAUGCCCAGGAGAGCUUACAGUUGGCAAAUGAGAAGCACCUGGCAGAGCGCAAGAAGUGGAUGGAAGAGAAACUGGUUCUGAUUGGUCAGGCUAAAGAAGCUGAAGAGAGAAGGAACCAGGACAUGAGACGAUACGCUGACGAUCGGGAACGGCAUGUCCGCCAACAAUCCCAAAUGGAGUCUCUGGCUGCACAACUUUCUGCUCGUGAGAAUGAGAUGGAAGGUUGGAGAAAAGAAAGAGAUGCACUCGUCUCUGCCUUGGAGGUCCAGCUGAAGAAGCUCAUCUUGGCAAACGCUGAGAAAGACAAACAGAUUCAGAUAUUACAGUCCACUAACACUUCCCAAACACCAGAGGUCACCGAGGACAGCCAAGUAGAAGCACUUCAGGCAGAGCUGGAUGCAAAAGAUGCAGAGAUCCAGAGGCUGAAAGAAGAGCCCAGGGUGAAUGUCACAGAGAGCAGCAUGCCCAGGCACUCUUCCACACAGACAAUAGAAGCAGAGUUCAAUGAUAUAAAGCCUCUGAAUAGCAGUACGCUCAAACACACCAGAGGAUCCGUCACCAGCCAGAGUUCGACUGGUAGCUGUCCAUUGGUUCUCGAUUCAUCAGUGAUUUCCACGGAAACAGGCCGACGAUCCAGGUUUCCGCGGCCAGAGAUGGAAAUUUCCUUCAGCCCAUUGCAGCCGGAUCGUUUUGAUCUUAAGCGUCAGGGCGAAGACUCUGCUGUCACGGUUAAAAUCCCUCGAACACGCAAGAGGAAGAGCGGAGAGAUGGUGAAGACAAAAGGAGGCAGGAGCACCACGGUGAAAAAGAAACAUUUCUGUGAGCACACAACUCAGGAUGGGGUAGAAAGUGAAAACAUCAGGAACACAAGGAGCAGAAACACUCCUCGCCUGAUGCCUCAUCAGGAGGAGCCAUCAUAUUCCCAGGAAUCCAACUCGGGCCACAAAGGGAAAAAGGACAAAACGCUCCAAAAGAUUGGAGAUUUUCUUCAUGGCUCUCCGACCUUUCUAGGGAGUAAAGCAAAGAGGAUCAUGGGUUUGAUGAGCGGAAAGUCCCCUGAUGGUGGAGGGGCUUCUUUGAAAAUUAAACGUUCCAGACAAAAACACGACAGACCUGACAUCUCAUCGCCAAUGGACAUACAUGCCCAUCAGAUCAUUGGCCGAAAUCCAGAGGUGAAAGAGAGCGAAAGUCUUAUCAAGAAACGCCUUCGUACCAGGACCGUUAAAUGACCUCACAGAGGGAAUUAAAGAAGGAAAUGUUUUUGCUCCCUUCUGUAUUUUUUUAUUUGUUUUUAUCGAUGCACAUUUUACAUAAACAGUAUCUAGGUUUUUUUGUUAAUUUUUCUUUAAUUAGUUUAUCAAAUAAUAUAUUAUGCUUGAACUGUAAUGAACACUAUUUUAAGCUGCUAAAUUAGCUUUUAACUGCAAUUUUGUAUGAAAGUAAAAUUAGUAAAAACAACGUGAAACAAACUUUGCUGCUAGACUUAACAUGGACAUACAGAAAUCACUACUGCUUAUUUCUGAACACACAGUUUGUAAUUCCACGGUUUAUAGUUUACAUUGUGGUUAUGCUACCCUGCAAAUAAAUUUAAAACACAUUUUUUUCCCCUCCCUAACCACUUUAUAAUCAAAGUUAUGACACACACACACACCAAAUAUAGCACGGAGUAAAAGAUUGCGGGUUAAUUCCUGGUUUUAUUGUUUAUUUUCACUAGUUUUAUGGUUUCUGUACACAUCAGUGUGUCACAAAAUUGGUUUGUUUCACUCAAUGUAUUAAAACUCUCUCCUAAGACGGCAGUAAAACUGUGAAGCGGUUGCUUAUUAAUACCCAAUUUUAGUGUCGUUUGAAUUACUGAACAAAUACCUACAUUUUUCCAUCUUAGAUAAGGGCAUGACGCCGCUAGCCGUGAGAAAGGAAGGGAAAGGAGCUAGGAGCAGGUCUACUGUUUGUUAGUACUGAAUGGCAGGAUGUAAAUGGGCUGGCUGUUUGCAACGAUGAUUCGUGGUGUCAGAAAUGUGGGAGAAUGUGUUGAAGACAGAAUGGAGGAGGGAAUACUGGCAGUGCGAGGAGGAGGUGAAGUUAUAAACUCACAUGUUCAGGUUGAGGUCCAGCUGUGCGUGUGCAGGCAGAAUUAUUGUGACGUCAUAAAUGCCAUCAUUAGAAACAAGGUCUGAAAAAGAAAUAACUGAAAUCACUGUGUUUUGUUUAUGUGGGCAUAUUUACUUCCUGUGCACUUAUUUUACUACGUGAGCUGUGUUACAUUGCGUUGUGUGUUCUCAGUCUUUGAGGGUGCAAGGUGAGUCAUUACAACUAUCAUUUGAUUGCGUCACUUAAUUGAUGCACUGUGACAAAAAUCCAGUCUUUCUAUAUUUUGCUCUCAUUUAUUUUUGUCAACGCAAUAAUGGAAAGGAAUACGAGCAUCGGCCGCAUCCAGGCCCGGUGAACAAUGCGGUAAUAUCAUCUGCCGCACCUAUAAUUUAGCACAGAACAUGACUACAUUGGUUGUAAUGAUAAACAGCUCUGUUUAAAUCAGCGCAGUCGCCUGCGGUAAGAGAAUUGAGAUCCUGCGGAGAUGGUUGUAAUUGCUCGUCCUCUUCAGAUGUGCUUUAAAUAGAUUUGAAACAAAGACGUUAUAUCAUUGAAAGGAUUUUGACAACGUUUCCACUUUGUGUAUCGGAUCGCUUUAAUCCGAGCAAUUUGUUUAGGCUGUUAGAAAAUGAAUGUUUAGUCACACAUACCAUCUUGCCCUAUUUGUAGCAGGUAGAAGACGUUAUCUGUAUCCGUACUGCUGAGUGACUAUAACAAAUUUGUAUUGUUCAGAUGAAGUGUUAUUUUUUUCUGGUUGCUGGGGAAAACAAUGAUCAGCCAGAAAUGAUUGAACACAAUGGUUUGUGACCUUUAUUUCUUAUGCUGGCCGUAUUGUUACACUUGUAUGGACAAAAGCCACUUUCA